AUGCCUGCCGCCGGAAUCCCCAUCGGAGCGGGGAACAAGGAGUACCCCGGAAACCUAACUCCGUUCGUCACCAUAACAUGUGUCGUCGCAGCCAUGGGUGGUUUAAUCUUCGGCUAUGAUAUAGGAAUUUCUGGUGGUGUUACGUCAAUGAAUCCAUUUCUUGAGAAGUUUUUUCCGGCGGUGUACCGGAAGAAAAACGCGCAACAUUCGAAAAACCAGUACUGUCAAUAUGAUAGUGAGACACUGACGUUGUUUACUUCCUCGUUGUACCUGGCGGCGCUUUUGUCUUCGGUGGUUGCGUCCACGAUCACCAGAAGGUUUGGCCGGAAACUUUCCAUGCUUUUCGGAGGUUUGCUUUUUCUUGUCGGUGCUCUCAUUAAUGGCUUCGCUCAAAACGUUGCUAUGUUGAUCGUGGGUCGGAUCUUGCUCGGGUUCGGUAUCGGGUUUGCUAAUCAGUCUGUGCCACUCUAUUUGUCUGAGAUGGCUCCGUACAAGUACAGAGGAGCAUUGAAUAUUGGAUUUCAGUUAUCGAUUACAAUUGGUAUACUUGUGGCCAAUGUGUUGAACUACUUUUUUGCGAAAAUUGAAGGUGGAUGGGGAUGGAGGUUGAGUUUGGGUGGUGCUAUGGUUCCUGCGCUUAUAAUAACCAUUGGUUCGCUAAUCCUUCCUGACACGCCUAAUUCGAUGAUUGAACGUGGCGAUCGUGAUGGUGCCAAGGCUCAACUAAAGAGAAUCCGUGGUGUUGAGGAUGUUGAUGAAGAGUUUAAUGAUCUUGUGGCUGCUAGUGAAACUUCGAUGCAGGUUGAGAAUCCUUGGAGGAAUUUGUUGCAGAGGAAAUAUAGGCCUCAGCUUAGUAUGGCUGUGUUGAUUCCGUUUUUCCAACAGUUUACUGGGAUUAAUGUUAUUAUGUUUUACGCGCCUGUGUUGUUUAACUCAAUUGGGUUUAAGGAUGAUGCUUCACUUAUGUCAGCCGUUAUUACCGGGGUUGUUAAUGUUGUUGCUACCUGUGUCUCAAUUUAUGGAGUUGAUAAGUGGGGUAGGAGAGCUCUUUUCCUUGAAGGCGGUACUCAAAUGCUUAUUUGUCAGGUUGCAGUUGCAAUUUCUAUUGCGGCUAAGUUUGGAACAAGUGGAGAACCUGGUGAUUUACCAAAGUGGUAUGCUAUAAUAGUUGUGUUUUUCAUAUGUGUAUAUGUUGCUGGAUUUGCUUGGUCAUGGGGUCCUCUUGGCUGGUUGGUGCCUAGUGAGAUUUUUCCAUUGGAGAUUCGUUCCGCCGCGCAGAGUGUCAAUGUGUCAGUCAACAUGCUCUUCACCUUCUUAGUUGCACAGAUUUUCUUGACCAUGCUUUGUCACAUGAAGUUUGGCUUGUUCCUGUUCUUUGCAUUCUUUGUUGUGGUGAUGACAAUUUACAUAUUCACCAUGCUUCCUGAAACUAAGGGAAUACCGAUUGAAGAGAUGGAUAGAGUAUGGAAAUCACACCCAUACUGGUCUAGAUUUGUUGAACAUGAUGACAAUGGUGUUGAGAUGGGCAAGGGAGGUGUUAAAAGUGUAUAA